AUGAAGUUCACCAGCACCGCCAUCGCCGCCAUCUUCGCCGCCACCGCCACGGCAGCUCCCACCCCCUCUCCCGAGGCCAAGUCCGCCGUAGCCGACGUCCCGGAGUGGACGAUCGAGAGCAUCAAGCGCGGCUGCAACGCGGCCAACACCCAGUGCAUCUGGACCUUCAGCAUCAACACGCACCUCGCGGACCCGACUCCCUGCGAGUUCACCGUCAAGGGCUCUGGCAACGUGCCAGCCAGCCAGACCGACAGCAGCGGCAACAUCUGCGGCCCUUACACCGUCGGGUCCGGCUGGAGCGGCCAGUUUGGCCCCGGCAACGGCUUCACCGUCCUGAGCGUCGUCGACGAGGCCCAGAAGCUCAUCGCUUGGCCCUCGUACACCGAUAAGGCGCUCGAGGGCAACGUUGUCGUGUCUCCUGACCUGAGCUGGCCGGUUACUUCUCUCCAGUUCUAA